CCCCGUCUGCCCUGUUACAGUCUCAGCAGCAGCUUCCUCUUCACCUGGCCUCCGUCACUGAGGUAUUCUGAAGUCUCACCUGUCAUCUGAGCUGAAUCCACCGUGCAGCCAUGGGGGAUUCAGUGACGUCUGUGUUUGGGAUGGCUGCCUCGUACCUGAGGAAGUCGGACAAGGAGCGCAUGGAGGCCUCCACGCGGCCCUUCGACAUAAAGAAGGAAUGCUUCAUCCCCGAUUCAGUGGAAGAGUUUGUGAAGGCAACCAUCGCUAGCCGAGAUGGCGACAAGGUCACCGUGGAGACGCAGCACGGGAAGACUGUGGUGGUCAAAGCAUCCGAGGUUCUGCAACAGAAUCCUCCAAAGUUUGACAAGAUCGAGGACAUGGCCAUGUUGACCUUCCUCCAUGAACCAGCUGUGCUAUUUAACCUCAAAGAGCGUUAUGCGGCAUGGAUGAUCUAUACCUACUCUGGACUCUUCUGUGUGACUGUCAACCCCUACAAGGGGCUGCCAGUCUACAACCAAGAGGUGGUUGUUGCCUAUAGAGGAAAGAAGAGGGCUGAAGCUCCUCCUCACAUCUUCUCCAUCUCUGACAAUGCAUACCAGUACAUGCUGACUGACCGCGAAAACCAGUCAAUUUUGAUCACUGGAGAAUCUGGUGCAGGAAAGACUGUCAACACAAAGCGAGUCAUCCAGUAUUUUGCAAGUAUUGCAGCUGGAACCGUAAAGAAAGACCCCAAUGCCAAGGACAAGGGUACCCUGGAGGAUCAAAUCAUUCAGGCCAACCCUGCUCUGGAGGCCUUUGGUAAUGCCAAGACCAUCAGGAAUGACAACUCUUCCAGAUUUGGUAAAUUCAUCCGAAUUCAUUUUGAUGCCAGGGGAAAGGUAGCCUCUGCUGAUAUUGAAACAUACCUUCUGGAGAAGUCCCGUGUGACCUUCCAGCUCAAGGCUGAGAGAGAUUACCACAUUUUCUACCAGAUUCUGUCCAACAAGAAGCCUGAACUCCUGGAGAUGCUGUUGAUCACAAAUAAUCCCUAUGACUACGCCUUCAUCUCUCAGGGGGAAACCCAAGUGACCUCCAUUGAUGAUUCAGAGGAACUGAUGGCAACAGAUGAAGCCUUUGACGUUUUGGGAUUUACUCAAGAGGAAAAGAACUCUGUAUACAAGCUGACUGGUGCCAUCAUGCAUCACGGCAACAUGAAGUUCAAGACCAAGCAGCGUGAGGAGCAGGCAGAGGCUGAUGGCACUGAAGAUGUUGACAAAGUCGCAUAUCUGAUGGGCCUGAACUCUGCCGACCUCAUCAAAGGUCUUUGUCACCCAAGAGUCAAAGUAGGAAAUGAGUGGGUCACCAAGGGACAAAGUGUCGCUCAAGUGACCUAUGCCGUUGGAGCUCUAUCCAAGGCUAUUUAUGAAAAGAUGUUUUUUUGGAUGGUUGUUAGAAUCAACCAGUCACUGGAGACCAGGCAGCCUCGUCAGUACUUCAUUGGUGUACUGGACAUUGCUGGAUUUGAAAUCUUUGAUUUCAACACCUUUGAGCAGAUGUGCAUCAACUUCACCAAUGAAAAGCUGCAACAGUUUUUCAACCACCACAUGUUUGUGCUGGAGCAGGAAGAGUACAAGAAAGAGGGCAUUGAAUGGACUUUCAUAGAUUUUGGUAUGGACUUGCAGGCCUGUAUUGACCUGAUUGAAAAGCCCAUGGGUAUCAUGUCCAUCCUUGAAGAGGAGUGCAUGUUCCCCAAAGCCUCUGAUGCCACCUUUAAAUCAAAGCUCUAUGACAACCAUCUGGGGAAAUCUGCCAACUUCCAGAAGCCCAGAAUUGUCAAAGGAAAACCAGAGGCUCAUUUUGCCCUGAUGCACUAUGCUGGAACUGUUGAUUAUAAUAUUGUCAACUGGCUGGUGAAGAACAAGGAUCCUCUGAACGAGACCGUUGUAGGACUCUACCAGAAGUCUAAUCUCAGGGUGUUAUCUGUCAUCUUUGCAAAUUAUGCUGGAGCUGAAUCAGCUGGGGUUGACAAAAAAGAGAAGAAGAAGAAGGGAUCAUCGUUUCAAACUGUGUCCGCUCUUCACAGGGAGAACCUGAACAAGCUGAUGACCAACUUGAGGUCUACUCACCCUCACUUUGUCCGCUGCAUCAUCCCCAAUGAGACCAAGACUCCUGGGGCCAUGGAGAACCCUCUGGUGAUGCACCAGCUGCGCUGUAACGGUGUGCUGGAAGGCAUCAGGAUCUGCAGAAAGGGCUUCCCCAACAGGAUCCUCUAUGGAGAUUUCAAACAGAGAUAUCGCAUCUUGAAUCCUGCCGCCAUCCCUGACGGCCAGUUCAUUGACAGCAGGAAGGGAGCUGAGAAACUUCUUGGGUCUCUGGAUAUUGAUCACAAUCAGUACAAGUUUGGACAUACAAAGGUGUUCUUCAAGGCUGGUUUGCUGGGUCUACUUGAGGAGCUAAGAGACGAGCGCCUCUCCAAAAUCAUCACUGCUAUUCAAGCCAGAUCCCGUGGUCUGUUGUCUCGUAUUGAGUAUCAGAAGAUGGUGGAACGCAGAGAAGCAUUACUAGUGAUCCAAUGGAAUGUCCGUUCAUUCAUGGGGGUCAAGAAUUGGCCCUGGAUGAAGCUCUUCUUCAAGAUCAAACCUCUGUUGAGAUCUGCUGAAUCAGAAAAGGAGAUGGCCAACAUGAAGGAAGAAUUCCUGAAGCUGAAAGAGGCUUACGCAAAAUCUGAGGCUCGUAGAAAGGAACUCGAGGAGAAAAUGGUCUCUCUUCUUCAAGAGAAGAACGACUUGCAACUCCAAGUCCAAGCGGAGCAAGAUAAUCUUUGUGAUGCUGAGGAAAGAUGCGAGGGGCUGAUCAAAAGCAAGAUUCAGCUGGAGGGUAAAUCCAAAGAGCUGUCUGAGAGACUGGAGGAUGAGGAGGAGAUGAAUGCUGAACUGACUGCUAAGAAGAGGAAGCUGGAGGAUGAGUGCUCUGAGCUGAAGAAAGACAUUGAUGACUUAGAGUUGACUCUGGCUAAAGUGGAGAAAGAGAAGCACGCCACUGAGAACAAGGUGAAGAACCUGGUGGAAGAGAUGGCUGCUCAGGAUGAAAUCAUUGCCAAGUUGACCAAGGAAAAGAAAGCCUUACAGGAAGCUCAUCAGCAAACGCUGGAUGAUCUGCAGAGUGAAGAAGACAAAGUCAACACUCUGACCAAGGCCAAGACUAAGCUGGAGCAGCAAGUGGAUGAUCUUGAAGGAUCUCUUGAGCAAGAGAAGAAGGUUCGAAUGGACCUUGAGAGAGCCAAGAGAAAGCUGGAGGGCGACUUAAAGUUGACCCAGGAGACUGUGAUGGAUUUAGAAAAUGACAAGCAACAACUCGAGGAGCGCCUGAAAAAGAAAGACUUUGAGAUCAGCCAGCUGAACAGCAAAAUUGAAGAUGAACAGGCCCUGAUUAUUCAACUCCAGAAGAAGCUGAAAGAGCUGCAGGCACGUGUCGAGGAGCUGGAGGAAGAGCUGGAGGCAGAGCGAGCUGCCCGAGCCAAGGUGGAGAAGCAGAGAGCAGACUUGGCCAGAGAGCUGGAGGAGAUCAGUGAGAGGCUGGAGGAGGCCGGUGGAGCAACAUCCGCCCAGAUUGAGAUGAACAAGAAGAGGGAGGCCGAGUUCCAGAAACUCCGCAGAGACCUCGAAGAGGCCACUCUGCAGCAUGAAGCCACUGCUGCCACACUCAGGAAGAAACAAGCCGACAGUGUGGCCGACCUGGGAGAGCAGAUUGACAACCUGCAGAGAGUCAAGCAGAAACUGGAGAAGGAGAAGAGUGAGUUCAGACUGGAGCUGGAUGACGUGGUCUCCAGUAUGGAACAAAUAGUAAAGUCUAAGACUAACUUGGAGAAGGCCUGCAGAACUUUGGAGGAUCAAAUGAAUGAAUACAGGAACAGGUAUGAUGAAAGUCAGAGAUCUCUUAAUGACUUCACCACCCAGAAAGCCAAGCUUCAAUCUGAGAACGAUGAGUUUUCAAGGCAGCUGGAGGAGAAAGAAUCUCUUGUUUCUCAGCUUACCAGAGGAAAAAAUUCCUACAAUCAACAACUUGAAGAUUUAAAAAGACAACUAGAGGAGGAAAUAAAGGCCAAGAAUGCUUUAGCCCAUGCAGUGCAGUCAGCUCGUCAUGACUGUGACCUCCUCAGGGAGCAGUAUGAGGAGGAGCAGGAGGCCAAGGCUGAACUGCAGCGCGGCAUGUCCAAGGCCAACUCUGAGGUGGCUCAGUGGAGAACUAAGUACGAAACUGAUGCCAUCCAGAGAACCGAGGAACUGGAGGAGGCCAAGAAGAAGCUGACUCAGCGUCUGCAGGAUGCUGAGGAGGCUGUUGAAGCAGUGAACGCUAAAUGUUCAUCUCUGGAGAAGACCAAACACAGGCUGCAGAAUGAGAUUGAAGAUCUCAUGGUGGAUGUGGAGAGGUCUAAUGCUGCUGCUGCUGCUCUGGACAAGAAGCAAAGAAACUUUGACAAGGUGUUGGCAGAAUGGAAACAGAAGUAUGAAGAGUCUCAGUGUGAGUUGGAGAGCUCUCAGAAGGAAGCCAGGUCUAUGAGCACUGAGCUCUUCAAACUCAAGAACUCCUAUGAAGAAUCUCUUGAACAUCUGGAGACCAUGAAGAGGGAGAACAAGAAUCUGCAGGAGGAGAUUUCUGACGUCACUGAGCAACUUGGUGAGGGAGGAAAAACCGUUCAUGAGUUGGAGAAACUCCGUAAGCAGCUGGAGCAGGAAAAGAGCGAGAUUCAGUCUGCCCUUGAGGAAGCUGAGGGUUCUCUGGAGCAUGAGGAGGGCAAGAUUCUCAGAGCCCAGCUUGAGUUCAACCAGAUUAAGGCAGACAUGGAUCGUAAAGUAGUUGAGAAAGACGAGGAGAUGGAGCAGUCCAAGAGGAACCUGCAGAGGAUGAUUGACACCCUGCAGAGCUCUCUUGAGGCAGAGACUCGCAGCAGGAAUGAGGCUCUCCGUUUGAAGAAGAAAAUGGAGGGAGACCUCAAUGAGAUGGAGAUCCAGCUGAGCCAGGCCAACAGGCAGGCGGCAGAGGCCCAGAAACAACUCAAGGCUGUUCAUGCACAUCUGAAGGAUGCUCAGCUCCAGCUUGAUGACUCUCUGCGAUGCAAUGAUGAUCUGAAGGAAAACAAUGCCAUGGUCGAGAGACGCAACAACUUGCUUCAGACUGAGCUGGAGGAGCUCAGGGCUGCUCUGGAGCAAACGGAGAGAGGUCGCAAACUUGCUGAGCAAGAGCUGCUGGACGUUAGUGAAAGGGUGCAGCUACUGCACUCACAGAACACCAGCCUGAUAAACCAAAAGAAGAAGCUGGAAGCUGAUACAUCCCAGCUUCAGACAGAAGUAGAAGAAGCGGUGCAGGAGUGCAGAAAUACUGAAGAGAAGGCCAAGAAGGCCAUUACUGAUGCUGCCAUGAUGGCAGAGGAGCUGAAGAAAGAGCAGGACACCAGCGCUCACCUGGAGCGCAUGAAGAAGAACAUGGAGCAAACCAUCAAAGACCUGCAGCACCGUCUGGAUGAAGCUGAACAGAUCGCCUUGAAGGGAGGCAAGAAGCAGUUGCAGAAGCUCGAGGCCAGGGUGAGGGAGCUGGAAAGUGAAGUGGAAAUGGAGCAGAAGAAAAGUGGUGACACUGUGAAGGGCAUCCGUAAAUACGAGCGCCGCAUCAAGGAACUGACCUAUCAGACUGAGGAGGACCGCAAGAAUAUUGCCAGGCUCCAAGAUCUGGUGGAUAAGCUGCAGCUGAAAGUGAAAGCCUACAAGAGAGCUGCUGAAGAGGCUGAGGAGCAGGCUAAUGUUCAUCUUGGCAAGUUACGCAAGCAGCAGCACGAGCUGGAUGAGGCUGAGGAGAGAGCCGACAUCUCUGAGUCUCAGGUCAACAAGCUGCGUGCCAAGACCCGUGACGCUGGCUCCAAGAAAGGGUUUGAUGAGGAGUGAAGCUUUGGAACCUGGAGAAAUCCUUUUGCCUGCUGUGUGAUGUAGAUUUACAACCAAGUGCUCGGCCCACAUUGAGUUUCCUGAAAUUUCGAGAAUAUAGUUUUAAUACUUUGGAAAAAAAAGACAUAAAUUGCGAUAAUUCAUUUUUAAUUCAAUUAGACUAAAGUCUUAAUAAUCCCCCCCCAAAAACUUGUAAUAUUAGCAAAAUGAAGACGUAACUUUAAGUCGAGAUUUUCAUACUUGUGGUAGCAAACAGAUGAGAGCGGUGUCGUCAAAUGAUUGAUGUUUCACCAAUCAUAUUAUGAGAGUAAGAUGAAAGCAGUUACAUGAUGGAUGAGCCAAUAACCAGAUGGGUUUUGUAGCAGCAGCUGGAGCUCAGCAGUGUUCUGGUUUUCUCCAGACAGCUGAGAACAGAGUUCCGUCAUGGUGCUGAUGUGAAUGAUGUGAUGGCAGCCAAACUCUACCUGUCCUACAGUCUACUGUGCAUUAUGUUAUUACUCUGCACUCUGCUGAUAUGAUAGCACCUCAUCUCACCCUGGAUGAGACUAGGUUUAGGGAAGUGUCUGUGCACUGCUCUUCACUGAAGGUGGAAAACUGAAACUAACUGUUUAAAAACAUCAUAAAUCUCACCAUUGUGUGGCUAAUUGUCCACAAAAAUGUAAACUUCACCACCUCCGAUAAAGUGCUGCACACAGCUGGAUUCCUCAGCUUUUCAAUGGGAAGCGUCCUGGAGUAGAGAGACCCAAACAUAGCAAGGGUGACUGAAAGGGAGGGAGGAGCAGAGGAGACGUGACAAUACGGUCCAAACAUCAGUCCAAAUAACUGUAGGCCACAGUAGCCUAUGGACUGUCAAGAAAUGCUAAAACAUGCCCCUGCAAUCCAACUAUAAGCAUAACAUACUGUAUGCGUAGAAGCAACCUUUUCUGUUUUGACUUUAUUCUCAAAAUAUUGAGAAUUUUUUUCAUGAAAUAUUUCAACUUCUUUCUUGUAAUAUGAUGACUUAAUUCUCGAAAUCUCAGAUCUUUUUUUUUCUAACAGUGAUUUUAAGACUCCAUCAUAUAUAUCCCUAAACUAUUAACUAUUCACAGCCUGUAGUGCUUAAUAAAAUCUCAUCAAGCUGUUGCACAA